AUGGUCGAAGAUAUCUCCCAAGCAGAGGGGUUGAUUCCGAAAGAAUUCGGACAAGACGCCAUUGAGAUUCCCGGUUCACGAGCUCUGUUGGACAAGCUCGAAGAGCACCUUGUUCCAUGGUCUAUCGUUACCUCGGGCACGCGACCUCUUGUGCAAGGCUGGCUCGAUGUCAUGAAGCUGGCGCACCCCAAGAAUCUCGUAACGGCAGAAGAUGUGCCCAACGGCAAGCCAGACCCGGCGCCCUACCAGAUGGGUGCAAAGAAGCUGGGGCUCCAAGAAAACAAAUCUUCCAUCAUUGUCUUCGAAGAUGCGCCUGCAGGCGUCAAGUCUGGAAAGGCAGCAGGGUUCGUCGUAGUGGGACUUUACACCACACAUACGCUAGAACAGCUGAUAGAAGCUGGCGCAGAUUACAUUGUCAAGGACAUGCGCAGUGUCACGCUGACAUCAUGGGACAAAGCAACAGGGCAAGGAGACAUACAGAUCGCAGAUGCCUUAGUCUAA